AUGACCAUCUCCUCCGAUUCAACCGCGCCUCUUAUUGCCGUCGUUGGCUCAACAGGCCUGCAGGGCGGCAGUGUCAUCAACAAUCUAGCGCUGUCGGACAAGCCGUACCGUAUUCGCGGUCUCACUAGAGAUGCGAAGAAAGACAAGGCUCAGGCUCUUGCGAAGCGGGGUGUCGAGGUUUGGACCGUUGAUCUGUCCGCCGACAACGCUGAAGGAAUCCAAAAGUCAUUCCAGGGUGCCACCUAUGUCUUUAUCAUGACCAACUUCUGGGAGCAUGUCGACAAAGCCCGUGAGAUAGCCGAGGGCAAAGCCUUGGUUGAGGCAGCCCACAAGGUCGGAGUCAAACUGCUCCUAGUCUCCUCCGAACCCAACGCUACAAGCGUGACAAACGGAAAUCUUACAAAGGUCUAUCAUUUCGACUCGAAGGCGGAAAUCUCCGACCAUGCGCGAGCCUUGGGUGUGCCGUUCGUCGACAUCCACGCCGCUGGGUACAUGAACAACUUCACUACGUUCAGCCAUCCCAGACCUGCUGGAGAUGGUUCUUAUGUUGUCGAUGGCACCUGGCCUGAAGACUUUCGAAUGCCGCUCCUCGACACCUACCAUGAUUUUGGUCUGUUUGUCCAGCUGGCUAUCGAGUCAGAUGAAUUCAACAGGGGAGAUGGCAAAACCAUCUGGGCCUAUGGGGACCAGGUCACUAUCCCCGAUCAAGUGAGGAACAUCUCCACAGUCACAGGCAAAAAGAUUGCAUACAACAAGGUUACGGAGGAGCAAAGCAGGGCGGGUAUGGUGCAGGCUGGCCUUCCACCCUUUGUUGUCGAUGACAUGAUCGAAAUGUUCAAAUUCCAUGAGGUCUGGAACUCCGCCUAUGCGGCCGGAAGUCACAUCGAGCCUGCCAAGCUGGCACGUCGGCCGCGCACUUUCAAGGAAUAUGUUGAGAAUGAGGUCUGGAGUGCCGUAUUCUUGUGA